AUGUCAUGGAUUAUGGCUGCAGGUCUUAUUGUUAAUGCAGCAAUGGGUGCUGGUCUUCUCAAUAUAGCUAAAGCUUAUGAUGAAGCUGGUGGAAUUGUUAUCAGUUCAAUUCUUCAUGCUAUUGUUGUACUUUUGGUAAUUGGUGCAUAUGCUAUAUUAUUUGUAUGUUGUGAUAAAUCAACAUCAUCUUAUGAAAUGUUUGUUUUGAACAAAUGCGGAAAAUUUUGGCAAAGAAUUUGUUCUGUUUGUAUUAUCUUAUAUAUGUAUGGUUUAAGUAUAACUUUUUUUAUUAUUAUUGGUGAUCAACUUGAUAGAUUUCUUACUUUUGCUGUUGGUGUAAAUUAUUGUUCUCAUUGGUAUCUUGAUCGUCGAUUAAUGAUAAUAGUUACAUCUAUAAUAUUAGUUUUCCCUUUAUGUUUUUCAAAGACAAUUAAAUUUCUUCAAAUUCCAAGUAUGCUUGGUGUAUUGGCUAUAAUUUAUGUUGUUGUAAUGGUACCUGUUAAAUAUUUUAGUCAGCGUCCAACAGAUGUUAUUAUUAAAAAAUAUCCUGAUUCAUGGACAGAUAUUUUUUUAGUUUUACCAACAAUGUGUUUUUCUUAUCAAGCACAUGUAAAUGCCGUACCAGUUUUUGUAUCAUUAAGAACUCGUGCUGAUUGUAUUAAAGCAACAUUAGCAUCAACUAUUAUUUUGAUUUGUAGUUAUUGUUUAGUAGCUGUUUGUGGUUAUCUUACAUUUGGAAUUAAAGUUGAACAUGACAUAUUAAUGUCUUAUGAUCCCAGAUCACCACCUGUUCUUAUUGCAGUUAUUAUGGUUGCAAUCAAAACUUAUACAGCAUAUCCAGUAAAUUUAUUUUGUGGAAGAACUGCACUUGAUUCAUUUUCUACAACAGAUCCAGGGCAAUCAAUAAAACGUCGUGUUUUAAUUGUUUGUUUAUGGUUUUUUACAACAUUAGCUGGAGCCGUUUUCUUACCAAAUAUAUCAUUAGCAAUACAUUAUUUAGGAGCACUUGCAGCAAGUUUUAUUUUUAUAUUUCCUGGUCUUUGUCUAUAUUUCCAUAUUGAACAACAAUGGAUUUACUCAUGGCAAAAUCUUUUUGCAAUAAUUGUAGCAAUUUUUUAUGUUGCUAUCGGUGUAUUUAUUACAAUAUUAACUUUAGUUCAAUCCUUAAUGACUGAUAUUAGUGCAAAAGGAAGUACCAGUAAACAAAUAUGUUAA